AUGAAGUGGAACGCGGUGAUCAUCGGGCCCAACGACACUCCUUACGAAGACGGCACCUUCCGUCUCGUGCUCCAGUUUGACGAACAAUACCCCAACAAACCUCCCAGCGUCAAAUUCCUCAGUCCAAUGUUCCACCCCAACGUCUACGCCAGUGGUGACCUCUGUCUCGACAUUUUGCAGAACCGCUGGUCUCCCACCUACGACGUGUCCCUGAUUUUGACCUCGAUCCAGUCGUUACUUAAUGACCCCAACAUUAACUCUCCCGCCAACGUUGAGGCCGCUAACUUGUAUAAGGACCACCGGUCACAAUACGUGAAGCGAGUGAGAGAUACCGUGGAAAACUCGUGGAACGAGGACGAUGAGGAGGAGGAAGACGACGAAGAUGACGUCUAG